AUGCAGCAACGACCCACCUGCACUAAUGUUCGCAUACGUUCCACUCGUGAUGCCCAUAAAAUAUUCUAUGCAGUACAGCUGCGUAUGCUCCCAAUGAUAACAAGGCGCCUUGACGCCGACGAACGUCUCGCCCUAUGUUCUGGUUGUAUCUAUGCAUGGGAAGAAAGAGGUCCACAUACCGAAAUCACUGGAUUGGGCAUCGAGCGUUUUACCGAAGGACGGCGAUGGAGUCCCUCGCGCGUUAGAGACGAAUUUCUCUUCUACUAUGAGAAAUAUACUCCACCAGCAGACGCCGGUCAUUCUGGGUCUUCUGAAAAGCAGCCCCCUCGAGAUUGGGAUCCGCUUGUGAAGCAAACUUAUUCAGUUUGGGUUGAAACGGAUAAAGGUCGCCGCAAGUGGCACUUGACCGCUUAUUUCACGCAGGCCACAGUCGAUGAGCUAGGCACCAUAGACAACAUACCCGGUGUUGCUGACCUCGUGGUGCCAGAAGGAACCUUCCAAAGCACCCGAGUUGGAAAAACUCGC